AUGAAAGCGAAGGACUGGACAAGAAUUCUUUCCCAUUCUCUCACGGUCAAUGUGUCUUCGACUUCCAUCAUGGCGGUCGCGACGUUUGCACAGAGAACUAACUCCGUUCUUUUACCGCUCCUAGUUUCCACUGUAAGGUUGGAAUCCAUCCGAAACCAAUUUAAUAUGGCUGAACAUUGCAAAGCUGGAAAAAGCAGGCGGAGAACAGUAAAGCCAAGCCCUCAAAAGCUGAAAUUAGCAGAUCAAAUUAGAGAUGUUUUUGAGUCCAAUAACAUGGUAGUUGUCUGUCAAUUUAGUGACAUGAAUACUGUAGAAUGGGAAGACUUGCGAUAUACCCUUGGUAAGGACGAAAUCAAGGUGAAGAUGUUCCCUAACAAAAUCAUGUGUAAAGCCUUGGAAAAUACCACAUACCGCGAAAUAACCCCACUAUUCCUGGCAUCAACGGUUGUCACUUACAGCAAAGAGGCAAAAGUCAAACCCCUUCUGUCAGGAAUCAGGAAACAGCCUAAAAUGGACGUAUUAGGGGGGAAAAUUGACAAUCGACUCCUUUCAAGGAAGGCCCUGGUGAAUUAUUCUAAGCUGCCAUCCUUGACAGAGCAGCAUGUGCAGUUACUGCAGAUGCUUUCUGAGCACUCAAAGAGACUUAUAACACUUCUUGAACAGAACCAGAUGAACCUGUCUGGGAACCUUUCACAAUAUGUUGAGCAGGGAGAAAACAAGAGCUGAUGCUGUGGCAUAUAACUUGCAUAAAUAGGUUUAAAUAUACAUGUACAAUGGUGAAUCCGUAAAUGUAACUUCCAUGAA